AUGAUAUUGAUUGUUAUUUGCAGUCAAUAUUUGGAGAACUAUUUGUGGCCGAAUUUUGAUGCUGAACAGGCAAGUGAUGCUCAUGUGAUGUCAAUUGUUGUAAUGGUCAAUGAGAAGUUUCGCGAAAAUGUUCCUGCUUGGGAGACAUUCAAAGCUUCGCCAGACAAAAUGCCAUCUUUUUUCCAACGUGUGCUGACAGCAUGUGUAGAUGACUUUGAAGAUUUCUCUAUCAAGGAACAGACUGUUCUUCUUAUUUUUCUUAUCAAUUGCUUUAAGAGUUUGGAGGAAGAAUUGAUUCGGGAGCAAGUUCAGCGUGUUGUAUCAUUGCCUAUGUGGACAUGUCUGCUUCCGGCACGUCUUAGAUUGGAACUGAAGGCGACUCCAAGACUGAAGAAAUACUGGAAUGCAUUGGAGAAGCGAGAUGCUCAGAUGGAUCCAGUAACAAGAAAACGGGUAGAGAAGGAAAGAAAGUUUUUGUCACGUCUAAUUCAAAGGUUUUUUGGCAUAUUAGAGUCAAUACCAAAAGCUGGACACGUUAAGCUUGAGAAGGUUGAAUAUUGUACACGUUUUAUUGAACUGCUUGUGGAUCUAGAGUCUAUGUUGCCAACCAGAAGAUUUUUCAACACUGUUCUUGAUGAUAAUCACUUAGUGAUUCGGUGCAGAUUGUCUGCUUUAUCGCAUCGUCAACCAGAAGGUCGUCUCUUUAACCAAAUGCUAGACAUGUUGAAAUUUUAUGCUGGAUUUGAAAUCAAUGAUCAAACUGGGUUGGCUCUAACUGAUCACGACAUGCUUGACAUUCAUUAUGAUAAGAUCACGUCUCUUCAAAGAGUCACAUUCAAACACUUUGAAGAAUUAAAAUAUUUUGCGAUGUCAAGUGUAGCUGAAAUCGACAAGCGAGACUCUCUGCUAAAGCAUUUCAAGCCCCUAACAAACGCGACUCUACACAAGAUUGCUGCACAUUUGUGUUUGUUGCCUCAACCAGACACCCAAAUGGAAAAAGAAACGUACUCAACAAAUUUUCUCGUGGAACUGCUGGUGUCUCGCCAUGAACGACGAAUAUCUCAAAUUGAGGCACUCAAUGAAAUGCCAUUAUAUCCUACAGAAGAAGUUUUAUGGGAUGAGAAUGUAGUGCCAUCAGAGUUUUUCUCUGGAGAAAGUUGCUUGGCAUUGCCAAAACUCAAUCUUCAGUUUCUUACUCUUCAUGACUAUCUGCUACGAAACUUGAACUUGUUUCGUCUUGAGUCAACUUAUGAGAUUAAGGAAGACAUUCAAGACGUCGUGGGUAGGAUGAAACCAUGGAUGAUGGAGGAUGGAACAACUGGAUUUUCAGGAUGGGCUAGAAUGGCUCAGCCUAUUACUUCUUUCACUAUCGUGGAGGUAGCAAAGCCUAAGAUUGGGGAGAAUCGACCUUCAAGAGUGCGUGCUGACAUACAACUUACUCUCAGCGUUAGACCAGCUAUCAAGACAGAAUGGGAAGCGCUGAGAAAGCACGAUGUCCUGUUUUUGAUUUCAUGUCGAAUGGCGAGAUCAUUUGAUGCAUCAAAGCCUUUUCGUGAAAGGUAUGGUAUUGCAUAUGUUCGUGGCUGUGAAGUCCAAGGCAUGCUGGAUGAUACAGGAAAACUAAUUGAAGAAAAUCCGUUUGAGGCAAAACCUGAGCUUGAUGGAGAUGCAAGAACUUUUCGUGUGUGGUUGGACACGAAUCAGUACCAGCAAGAUAUGGCAGCAACACUGAAAGGAGCAGAAGAUGUGUAUGACAGCUUUAAUAUCCUGAUGAGAAGAAGGCCAAAAGAAAACAAUUUUAAAGCUGUUCUUGAGACCAUUCGAAGCCUAAUGAACACUGAAUGUGUAGUUCCUGAUUGGGUUCAUGACGUGUUUGUUGGCUACAGUGAUCCAGCUGCUGCUAACUACAAACAGUUGCCAAACUAUAUAGAGACUAUGGACUGGAACGACACGUUUCUGGACAUGGAGCAUUUGAAGGCUUGUUUUCCUGACUGUGACAUGCAGUUCACUCAAGAUGAUCUAAAGAAGCAGGUGCCGCCUUUUAGACUGUCUAUUCCCAGACAGAAGGGAACUCAAAGUCAGUCGGAGAAACCUGUAGUGAUUGUUGAGCCUUACAAGGUUGAGAACAGAGGACCAUACCCAUAUGACCAGCCAAAAAAGAAUGCCAUUCCAUUUACACCAACACAAGUCGAGGCUAUCAAGUCUGGAAUGCAGCCAGGACUGACUUUGGUUGUAGGCCCACCAGGUACAGGGAAGACUGAUGUUGCUGUGCAAAUAAUUUCCAACUUGUACCACAACUAUCCCAACCAGAGAACACUUCUUGUAACUCAUUCCAACCAGGCAUUGAAUCAAUUGUUCGAGAAGAUUCUUGAACUCGAUAUUGAAGAAAGGCAUCUGCUUCGUCUUGGACAUGGUGAAGAAGAGCUUGAAACAGACAAGGAUUUUAGCAGAUAUGGUCGGGUAAACCUCAUCUUGCAUAAGAGGUUGGAACUCCUUGCUGAGGUUCAGCGGCUACAGGAUAGCUUAGACAUACAAGGCGAUGUUUCGUACACGUGUGAAACUGCUGGCCACUUCUUUCGAUUUCAGAUUGUUGGUAGAUGGAAAACAUUCUUAGGCAAAAUUCAAAGUCGUUCUGGGAAGGAUCUUGAUGUGUCAGUCAUUAGCAAAGAGUUUCCAUUCCACAAAUACUAUGAAACUGCACCAAAGCCGCUUUUCAAGGGUCAAAGCUACGAAGAGGAUCUGGACAUUGCAGAAGGUUGUUUCCGACACAUAGAAAAGAUUUUCACUCAACUCGAUGAAUUCAGAGGUUUUGAGUUACUACGAAGAGGUGGUGAUAGAACCAACUAUUUGCUAGUCAAAGAAGCCAAAAUCAUUGCUAUGACAUGCACUCAUGCCGCACUCAAGCGGCAAGACAUGGUUGAACUAAGUUUUCAGUAUGACAACGUCCUGAUGGAAGAAGCUGCUCAGAUAUUGGAAAUUGAAACGUUUAUUCCUCUAAUGCUGCAGAAACCUCAGGAUGGCGUUAGUCGUCUGAAGCGAAUGAUCUUGAUCGGUGAUCACCACCAACUACCACCAGUAAUCAAGAACAUGGCCUUCCAGAAAUUUUGUAAUAUGGAACAGUCGUUGUUCACUCGGUUUGUUCGACUUGGUGUGCCUACAGUAGAUCUGGAUGCUCAAGGACGAUCCAGAGCAAGCCUCUGCAGUCUGUACAGCUGGAGAUAUAAGAACCUUGGCAAUCUUCCUCAUGUGUAUCGUUGGCCAGAGUACCUAAUGGCCAAUCCUGGUUUCUUUUAUGAUUUUCAACUUAUUGAUGUUGGUGAUUUCAAUGGACAGGGAGAAUCGCAGCCGACACCAUAUUACUAUCAGAAUCUGGCCGAGGCUGAGUACGUAGUUGCUGUCUACAUGUACAUGAGGCUGCAGGGAUACCCAGCCAGUAAGAUUACUAUUCUCACGACCUACAAUGGACAGAAACAUUUGAUCAGAGAUGUGCUCAAGCAGCGAUGUGGAAAGAAUCCAUUCUUUGGCAUCCCUGAUAAGGUUACAUCUGUCGAUCGUUUCCAAGGCCAGCAAAAUGAUUACAUUCUGUUAUCUUUGGUGAGGACAAAAGCUGUUGGCCACUUGAGGGAUGUUCGUCGUCUUGUGGUGGCAUUGUCUCGAGCCCGACUGGGUUUAUACGUGUUCGCUCGAGUGUCUGUUUUCCGUAAUUGCUAUGAACUGAGCCCUGCUUUUAGCCAGUUAAUGGAGCGUCCCUUGAAUCUCUAUCUAGCCCCAGAAGAGAUGUAUCCUCCAUGUAGAAAGUCUGAUGAAUUACCGCCUUCUCAUCCAUUCAUUGUUGAAGACAUGCCUCGCAUGGCCCAUUAUGUUUAUCACCUCUACAACAGAAGAAUGCAGGAAAUGCAGUCACAAACUCGGGCUUUUCAUCAGAGUAUCCCGAUGCAGCCACCUCCAGUAGAGAAGCAACAAGAACGACCUCGUACGCAAACCCAAGAUCAGACUGAUGAAAAUCUUGAAGAAGCUGUAGAUGAUGAUGAUGAUGAUGAUCCAAGUGGUCAUGAGCCGGCAGAGAGUGAGAAAGCAGUUGAAGAUAGCAAGGUUGUAUCUCAGUGUGAUGAUGAUGAGAAUCGUGAUGAGACAGAAACGAGGACUAACCAGGAAACAGUUAUUAACGAGGAAGGAAAUCAGUAAGGUUUAUCCAUCGCAGCUUUGCCAGACUGCCAACUGUAAAUUACUCUGCUGCAGUGGAUAUAUAGCAUAUAUGGUGUAUUAUGUACCAAACUUGCUGGCUGCAUCUUGCAACAAGUUUUGGAAAGGUGGACUAGUGUGACCAAAUUGUUGCCGAUAUGGCUGCCUUAUCACAUCUAUUCAUAAUGGACUCCGAGUCUCAUAUGAAUCAGAGUUACGUGUACAUGUGCUG